GUCUUUCAUUUUCGCAUUCGUGAAGUUCAGUUUAUUAUGUAGCAUUUUCCAAUAUCGUUUAUCAAUCACUGGCUGUUCAUGUAUUUUGUAAAAUUGUGAAUUAUCUAAGAAAUAAUAAGUUGAAGCAAGUGUUGAAAUGGCUAAUGCAGAAUUUCGGAAGGAUGGCACCGUUCCUGUGCGCCCAAGAAGCGUGUACACCGCACAUUCAUACAAUCAGGAAGAGUGUUCGCUGUCCGCGUUCCAAGACUACAGCAAGUUCCUCGAGGGUGGCUUGGGACAGGCAGAGCUGGUCGGUGGGGCCGGGUGGCAGCCGCCGUGGCGCGGGCCCCUGCAGCGCAAGGCGCCGUUCUACCCUGGCGACGACAUCUACCAUGCCGAUACUUGGAGGGAGCUUGAGGUAACCGAUGUAGUGGGGGGUGCUGGAUACAACGCAUCCGUGACUCCUCACGGAACUGUGUGCCUGCGUCUCAGGGAUCGUGUCAAGGUGGACAUGACGAUCGACGGAGCGGUGCGCGUGACCAACGCAAAGAACAACAUAAUCCUGGCGCUGUCCCGCACGGGCGCCGCCGCCGCCCUCAUCCACCCCAACGGCCGCGUGUACCACUACGGCUCACGCGUUGAGAUCCAGGCGCGUCACCAGCAGGGCAACCAUAAGUACGCAAAGAUGUGGUACAAAGGCGUGUCGUUCACUGCUGAGCAAUGUGCGCUGGUGUACCUGGUGGACGCGGCCGGGACUCGAACCACGACUGACACCUUCCUCGAUAUGAGCCAGGACUUCACCCUCAAUGUCUUCUACAAUGAGUCUCGUCACGGCCCCUCGCACGUGAACGAAGCUCUGACGCUGCUGCAGGCGGCGCAGUACUGGCUCACGGACGACGGCAUCGACAACUGGAUCAUCAACAACGUGCGCAUCAGCCAGACCGCGGACGGACUCGUCAGGAUCCACCGCUGCAGCCACAAGUACCAGCUGCGCACGAGCCCCAGCAACGGGUCGGCGUCCAUCACCAGCCCCUUCCUGCACUGCACCGCCUCGCUGGGGCAGACCCAGCAUUUGUUCGUCAGACGCGGUGAACGUCGCAUGCACUUUGAUGGCAACUCAUUCAUCGUUCGCAAUGCCGGCCACUCCGCUGGCUUCGACGACAAGAACCAACUCAAGGUCUACUGAUACUGAACCAACUGAAUUGUACCGAUAUUAUCAUCACGAAGACAGGCAUGAUAAGUUAUAUAGAUCACUCAAAAGUAACGAACAUUCCUCGAAUCCAAUAAUUGAUGUCCCACUCCCCAUUUUUAUAUUGAGGUAGGUAUUAGUGAUCCGAUGUACACUGGACUUGUAACCAGAUCGCCACUAAGCACUCAUUAUUCUUGCCAUCAUGUGUUUUCCUUUGCCCUGUAUCACCUUGAGUUGUUUACUGUUCUUGUUAUAUAGCCUUAUGUUUUUGUUCAAAUAGUGAUUCCCAAACUCAGCAAUAUAACAUCAACCACAUUAAUUACCUACCAAUUUUAUUAUUUUAACAGACUCGUUAACUAUCUUUAUAUUAGAUAUUUUACAUGACUGCUGGUAUAUAUUACAAUCGAAUAAUACUCCUAUGUUGUAUAGUAUUGAAGCAGAUCAUUCUUCCUUUCUCUUUAUUAUCUUUUUGAUGAAGCUGACAAGAAGUGACGAUCCCAUUUAAUUUUUUAACGAAGUGUGUAAAGCUUGUCAAUGUUUUUACUUACUACAUUUUAAUGAGUUAAAAUAGGUUCCUAUAUUUUUCAUGCAAUCACCACUUAAUUGCAUGGGGAGCCCUGCUUUUAUUUUUAUCAUGGCCUUGACUAGGACUGAUUUUACAGUAUUAUAAGUUUACAGUUUCGUGAUAUUUCGUUUUCUAACUUCUAAUAUCAAUCAUUUUAGCUACCUUAGCAUUUGUACCUACGGUCAUCGAUUCUAGUGAAUCUAGACAUAAUAUAUAGGUACCUAAGUUGUUUCACUGUUACAAUGUGUGAUAUAUUCUAAAAUAGUAAUUAAGUCCUAAUCAAGGUCAAUAACGUUUAUCAUACUUUUAAAACUUAUAUUAUUUUGGCAACAUGAUAAGGUUUUGUUAUUAGUGUAUAAAAUUUCAGGUAGAUACUAUGGAAUACUAAUGGUAACUAUGUAUCAUGAAUUGAUGAAAAUAAAAUUGAUUAUUCCAUAAAA